CAUCAGUAUCGAAAGACAAUUUUAAUAAUAAUUUGAGAUUUUCUCUAAAAACGUCCAUGGGAAAAUAUUCAUUUGAUGAAACUGAUCGGCAGUCGUGGUCUACGGUUCAACGAAAACUAGAGUGUUGUGGAGUAGAUACACCUAGAGAUUGGUCUAUUAUAUUCCCAGAAAAUCUAGUUCCUGUUUCAUGUUGUCAAAACUUACCAGUUGAAUUAGGUGCAUUAUGCAGGAAUUUAUUUGAUGAAAGGAUAAUUUAUCAAAAAGGAUGCUAUAAUGGAUUAAACAAUCGAGUGAAAAAUAGAUUGACUAUUAUAAUGUAUGUUGCUUUGGCAUUUGGUCUAUUACAGACUAUAAAUGAAGCCACAAGUGAAAUGCCUAUUUGA